AUUGAAUUUGCUAAAUAUAAACGUAGAAGAAGAAGCUGAGGAGGGGAAGUUACCGUUGGCCGAAGCUAGCUUGUUCAGUUCGUUGACGUUUCACAACAUUCAACUCAGUUCGAGGGAGAAACGCACAGCUGACUAAGUUUGGACCAUAUUUCUUUAAUUAUGACGGUCAGUAACUAUUAAUAUGUUUUAUAAUAUGUAGAUUUUCUUCAUUUUAGCCUUUACCCUGCCUGUGUAGUGAAAAGUAGCGUUCGAGCUAGCUUUGGAAUUUUUGUGUGAGUCGGCUUCAGGUUGUCACAAUCUCGGUAAAAUCACGGUCAGCAAACUAGUUUCUGGUAAUUUUAGUGCUGUAGGCAGGUCCGAGGUCCUUCUGGGAAAGGAGAUGUGUAUUUCUUUAAAGCCUCUCAGGAAAAGGAGCGAAAAUAAAAGACAACAGACCAACUCCAGGAGAUCACACAGCACCCAUAACCAUCACAAACUCAGGAAACUCCACGUCAGACUAAAAGUACUUUGGAUUCUGGGCCUCUCCGAUCUUGAUUUCAACUGAGAUGCAAAAUUUACUCUAAUCUUAAAAACAGGAUUUAGGAUCACUAAGAGUCCGGUUCGUCUUCUUCCUGACCGAGUUUAUGUCUCACUUUUUUAAUUAGAUUGUGGGGAAAAAACGAACUUAUCUUCUAAACUGUACCCCGACAAUAGUUCUGAUUUUAAGUUUGUUUUCAUGGUUCUGCAUUAUCUUGUGGGUAUAGUUUUCAUGUAGGGGAGACCAGGGUUUGUUGUCACAUUGCAAUUAUCUUUGCCACCAGAGGGCCCAACUAAAAAGUGGAAUAUUAGUUUUCUUCCUUUACAUGGUCAGGGGUCGUGUCCUGUCUGAGAAGAGAAGAGAACACUGUGAACAUUGUUUAAAAUACUCUUCUUCCAGAUAAAAAUCCCAUACAUAGAUAGAUAAAUGGAUACAUAGAUUAGUAUUGUUUAUCUUGUUAAAAUAAAGGGUAAGUUGCAAUAAGUUUUCAUUGAUGUCAUAAUUUGAUCUUUCUUUAACAGAAGCACGAGUUUGAGGUUGCGAUGACGUGUGAGGGAUGCUCAGGAGCUGUGACCAGAAUCCUCAACAAGGUGGAAGGUGAGACUGAAACGCAGGUCGUAUCUAUAUCCAGAUAAAUUGUAGUUCUCUAAAGUGGCAUUCACGUAUCCGACGCAUGAAUAAAAAAGUGGUGGACCUUUCUCUUUUUCUCGUUGGCCAAUGGCUGAUACACAACACAGAAACCAUGUUGUUUUUAUGUUUGUUUUGUUUUAUGGAUUAUAAAAUAUUGGUUGAAUACCAUGGAAUACUCUCUUUGCAUUAAACAGAUUGUACAGAACAUGAAAUAAAAUUGAGGAAUGAUUUGUAAAUAACCUACUGCUGUUGUUUGUUCCUCCACAAAUCCAGCACCAGUGUUGUUCUCAAGCUUUUAAAGCUUCGGCAUCACAAGCACCCUGUGAAUUAUUGGCUCAGAAUGAGUCAGCAAGUAUAUCAUCUGAUGCAGUUUGUUUUUCAUUUUAUUUGGCUGAAAUUAUGCUUCUUUUUCUUUAUGAACUGAGCUGUGACAGUCAAAGAAACACACUCUGCCUUGAUAGUAAAUUCUCUUUUACUGACAGGACCUCUUAACCGAAUACAACAUAUGACAUGUAACUAACUGCUCGAGUCAAAGUAUCUUAAGGUGAAUCAUGUCCCUCAGAUUUCAUUAAACUGUGAGAGUUUAUUGUGUCUCUUGGAUGUAAACAUGUUCCUGAUUUAUUCCCUCUCCUUUCAGGUGUGAAGUUUGAGAUUGACCUUCCUAAGAAACUAGUUUGGAUCGAGUCUGACAAAGAUGUGAAUUUCCUAAAGGAGACACUGGAGAAAUGUGGGAAGGAGGUCAAGUACAAUGGCACUAAAUGAAGGAUUCUGCAUCAUGCAGAUCAGGUGCAGGUUCAGUAUUUGAUUCUACAUAGAUUUGUGUUUAUGGAUGUGAGUUCUGCUGCAGACUGCAAGCUCAAACCGCCCCCCAGCUAAGCAGGAGAGCCUGCUGUACCUGUGAAACCUGUACACCGUUACAGGACCCCUCAAAAGUAUACUGGACUUGUACUACUCUACAAACAAACAGGAGCUGCUCCCUCUUCGAAAUAUAGAGGUCUGAAAAAGUAAAGAAAAUAUGACAGCCCUGCUCGACUCUUCUCAUUCCUGAGUCAUCAAACACUUUGGCAGGUCCUCAGCAUUUCAUACGAACACACAGAUAGUCUCUGUAGCUUCUGCUGGACAUGCACUGGACGUUGAACUGUCAACAGUGUAAAACCAUCCACAGCAAUACUACAUCUGGACCACACUGCUUCUCCUUUUCAUUUUUGCACCCAUGUUUUACACUCAAAAAGCUUACUGUGAAUAUGAUAAGGGGAUUAUUAUACUUACUUUACCAACAAGAUUACACCUUUUUUUACAGUGUCUAUAUGUUACACAGUACAUCCCUGAAAUCAUUAAAUAAUAAAUCUCAGAGAAACUACAACUGCCGUCGAGUUUGCAGAAAGUUCGUCACAGCAUGUUGUGGAUGACGGGCCAAAUAGCGAAGGACUUUCAGAUAGAACAAGAGGUCAACAUUUAGUUAUUUUCAGGCUCUUUCUGGUGUGUUUCAACUCAACUCAACUUUAUUUAUGGAGCACUUUAAAUACAACCAAAGCUGACACAAAGUGCUGUACAUAAUAACAUAAAAACAUGAAACAACAAUAAAUAGUUGUUUUAAAAUAGAAUAAAAAGCAAUAAAAAAAUGCCGUCUCAUGCUGGGUCAAAAGCCAAGGAAUAAAAGUGGAUUUUAGUGGGUUUUCUCCUAAUUACUUAGUUGAGAUCUAAAACAAUACGUGUGCUGAACAAAAACUACCUGUUGUAUUUCCAGCUGGAGCAAAUUAACACUAAAAAUCAUUGUUACAUCAUUUGGCGGCUCACUUUAGUUUCUGUGUGUGCUCUUUCUGCAGGAAAUCACUGCUGCUUAUGUAAACUGAAGAUUCAUGCUGAAAUUCGAGUCCACUACCUGACUGGAAGAGUCCGAUGGAGCAGCGCCUCUUCCCUCCAUGCUUAGACGCACAAAAGUCCCCUCAGAUGCAGGUCUUAUACUUUAAUGAUUUACAGAGACGGAAGUGGCAAAAAGUUCCUGGAAAAUGAAGAGAAACACAAAAGAGCACUUAUCUGUAGAUAUAGAAAAGAGAAAGUGAACAAGAUAACAAGAAGACGUUCUGACGCUGUUUCUUUCUUUCUCCUCCAACAUUUCCAACAUAGCUCUUUUCUGUAAACUCUUUUUGAAUUUCUAGAAUUUUUUUAUUUGACAGUCAGACAUCUUCAUUCAUCAGGUAACCGUGUGAGAACUGUGUUUCCUCUUUGUGUGAAAGGUCAGAAAAAACAACCCUCUUAAACUUUAAAUACAUUCCCUCAAUUUGAAAUACACUGCAGACAAUUGGCCAUGUCUGCUCUCAGCUUCAUUUAAUAUGUUUUUUUUGCACUUGAUUGUUUUGAAAGUAAUCGAACUUCAUGUGAGAAACGUCCAUCCAUCUUUCUUUCCUCUAGAGACAAUCUGCUGGACCUGAACAUCUUCCUUUUAGUUUCAUCGCACUUUACACAACAAUUAUCUGCUCAGACCACAGGUCAAAUGUAUCAUGUUUAUCCAGAUUUACUGACAUGUCUUAGUUUUCUUUAAACACCACGAUGAACUGAUCAGUAUUGUUACUUUAAAAAAAACACACACCUCACUUUUCCUCUUUACUUUUCUAAUUGUUCGUCUGAAUAUGUGUUGACACAAAAGAAAUAAAAUCAGUUCUGUCUGUAAAAUAACAGCUUAUAGUUUCAUUGCUUCACGAGCAGCACGACUCCAGAUCUGGAAAGACUGGACACAAAGUAAAAUGUUGAUUAAAGCAGAUUUUGAUGUUUGCAAAUCACAGAAACUGAUAAUACAGCAAUUCCUAUGCUAUUUUCUCUCACUGUGAUAUUUUUUAGAUAGCGUCUUUAAUAUUAAAAUACAAUAAUAUAAAAGAAUACGAACAGAUACAACAUUAAAGUUUCUCAGGCUGGAGUUUUAUAUUGGUUGGAUACCUGUUUGGUUGACA